AUGGACAGCAGGAGAGUUCCCGGACCCGGAAUUAAUAUCGUGCAGGUCAAUCAGGCGCGAGAAGCGUUCGCGCGGACCGUGAGGGCCAGGGACCCGCGCCUUAGCUCGCAGUCAUCAGCACAGCUUACUACCGAUUCUAAUGCUUUUCCAGACACAACAACGGCAAUGAGUUCACCAGGCGCGAUAAAAGGACGACAUAGAUGUGGCAACCCCAAUAACCCGGCUUGUCCGCAUUGCUCGGCAGUGAUAAUUCCGGCGCCCAGAGCAUCGUUGCCAUUGGAAGACACGCCGUCAAUAUCCGUGGAAGAUUGGGUGGUCAGCACACGGAAAAAACCUAUUUUGAAUUCCCGGGAGCUGGAAGAGUGGGAACAGGUGUUAGGCCCGCUAACACUGCCGGAAAUGAUCUUUGGAAACAGCUUUGUGCGGGUUGAAAACGCAAAGCACGGAUGGUGUUUGGAAUUCAAUGCCCUCGAUGCACUCAAGUCUGUCAAGCUCGAAGACUCGGGCAUUCGGGUGUCGUACGCCAACAAAUGGAUCGACUCAAAGAAAAAACAGCAGCGACAUUCGGAUCUGGACGAUCGUUCGCUGGAAAUAGGACAACAUUACGACUGGACGUACACAACUCACUAUAAGGGCACACUCAAGGCCAGCAACCCGAUACACACUCUCACUCGAGACGACGCAGAGGUUCUGCCCCUCGACAAGCUGGCGCGUCCCGAUCCCAUCUUAUUUUACGACGAAAUGGUCCUGAUCGAAGACGAGCUGGCAGACAACGGCAUAAGCGUUGUGAGCGUUAAAGUGCGAGUCAUGAACGAGAGGGCGCUCAUUUUAUGCAGGUUUUUCCUCAGAGUCGAUGGUGUUCUUUUCAGAGUCUACGAUACGCGGGUCUACGUGGAGUUUGACGAGAACAAGGUAGUACGAGAAUACAAAAAAUAUGAGGGCGACUACAAAAGCGUCCUGAGCAAGCAAAACGCGGGCCAUUCGCGUGAUCCAAAAGCCAUUUUAAGAGACAGUAAUUGGGUCGUUCAGCAUUUGUCGCUGGUGAAGCGAGAAUGCGAUGUUAUACAAUUCUGA